AUCACAGAAGAGAGAGAGAGAAAGAGAAAGAGAAAGAGAAAGAGAGGAGAUGGAGCAGACAAAGAAAGAAGAAUCGGAGAAGAAGUUGGAAGGAUUGCCAAUUGAGAGCAGUCCAUACACCCAAUACAAAGAUCUCGAGGAUUACAAACAACAAGCCUACGGCACUCAGGGUCACCAGCAACCCCAACCUGGCCGUGGCGCCGCCGCUUCCACCGAUGCCCCCACCGUCGCCGGCGGCACCACUGCUGACCCAUCCUCUAAAGACCAGCUUUCCACCUCUUAAUUAAAGUGUUUCCAUCCAUCCAUCCAUCUAGAAACUAGGGCUAGGCAACUACCAACCAAGCACCAAGUUCAAAUAUUGUGUGUUGUCAAUUAUGUGAUCUUCCUUAAUUAAUCUUGUUGUCUUGUUUCUGUCUAUUAAUAAAUUUGGACAUGGAUCUUAAUUUGCCAGCCA